AAGGAUCACCACCCAGCAUCCAAGUUCGUGCAGCGCGGAAUCCCAGAUCUCCCCGCCGGUUGGCUCGGGUUAGGUCCCCCGCAGCCCCAACCCCGAGCUCGUGCCGCCGCCCUCCAAGCUCCGAAUUUUGUGGAUUAGAGAUCGCUUAUCGGGCAGUCUCGGCCGUCGGAUCGGGAGAGGGGUGGUGGUAAGGAUGUCUUCGUCGGCGGCGGUCAAGGGGACCGGUAGCGGCGGCAGUGGCAGCAGCGGGAAGGGGAAGGGGGUGUCCUCGCCGGAGGGUUCGAAGAAGGUGGAUGGAUCAGGGAAGGUGGUUCUGGUCUCGAAGAAGAAAUCCGUGACCGUGGCCUCCAAAUCGGAGGUGAAAGGGAAAUCAUCGUCAACUGCUGCCAAAAGUGUUGCCAAAACAACAACUGCCAGAGUGAAGGCCGAGAAGAAGGUCUAUUCUUUGCCUGGUCAGAAGCAUGACCCUCCCGAAGAGAGAGAACCCUUGCGGAUAUUCUAUGAAUCCUUAUCAAAACAGAUUCCAUCCAGUGAAAUGGCAGAGUUCUGGAUGAUGGAACAUGGUUUACUAUCCCCUGAACGUGCAAAGAAAGCAUACGAGAGAAAGCAGAGGAGGCAGCAGCAACUGCGUAUGGGCACUCCUAUCAAAUCCACAAAGCAGGAGAAACCGGAGAGCUCAAAGAAACCACAGGUAUGGAAGAAUGGAGUUGUCAAGAUAAAGAAAAGAGUCGAUUUCAGUGACAAUGAUGAUGACUUUAUUGUGAAAUACAAGAAAUCAAAGGGAUGAUGUAAGCUUAAUUUAAUUGUUAAGCCAACAGAUGAGUGUAGAAUAUUCCAUAUUGUCAAGAGAUUGACAUCCGAAGAGGCUGCUAUGUUCUAACUUCUAGUUUCCAAAGAAGUGACCAACGUCACCAUUAAGAAGAUGCAAGAAGCAUCGAGAUUGAGCUCCUCAUGUUUACCCCUAUGUAGUUUGGUGGAUAUGCGGGCAUUCUUUAUAUCCUUUAUUUUUAGUACACAAUAAGAUGAAAUUGUAGUUCUUGCUGGUCAAACACAUUUUUUCUUAUGGUUCAUUGUGUAUGAGGUUUCACAUUCAA